CCAGACUGGGACAUGGCCAGGCAUCGCUGUGCUAACUCAGGCAGGGACCAAGGGUGAGACCCUUAGCUAUGAUAAGCCCAAUGUUGCUGAGGUUUCUCAAAGCCAAACACCUUUAUUUACUUAAGCUGGACCUGAGUCCAGCUGAUCCCCCAGGAGGUGAAGAAUAUGUUCAGGGCCUUGACAUUGUUCUAUCAAGCCUGCUUGCAGCCAUCUUGCACAGCAUGCUAGCUCCAUGUUCCUCUGCCUGACAACAAAGCUGUGUAUUUAUGGCUGUGUUGAAAGUACAACGCAGGUCUUGUAGCCUGGGUAAAGACAAGAAGUCAACCUUUUAAGUCAGCUAUUUGAAUUGUCUAACAUUCUAGUAUCUGUAGUGACUGGGGAAAAAAAAGACAUUUUUUCAGCUCUAGGACCAAAGCUUUUACCCUGUUUUGGUAAAUGGGAUGGGUAUGUUGUAUACAUCCUGGCAGGGAGAAGAUGAAGCAUUUUACCCAUAAGCUAUGGUGGAGCUUCUCAGACUUUUCAGUAGGCAGUUGCAGCAGGAAGAGUUGAAAAGCCUAAAAGGGUCUUUCUCUAGAGUAGGAGAAUUUUCAGAUGAAAUUCACCAAAGGGAAGUGCUGGGAUAUACUCGUGUUUGUGCAUAAAGAAGCACAGAAGAUAGGGAAACAGUACAUGAGAGAGAGCUUAGUCCUGUGUGGAGAUUUUCCCAGGCCCCAUGCCUUUCCUCACAGCAAGGCCUGCUAAAAUGCACAGCUUGGUGAGUCCUGUGCAAGUUUUCCCUUUAUUCCAACUGGGAGACAGACUGUAGCACAUAGAAUCAGGAAACAAGUGUCAAAGGGAAGAGCCUAGUUUUGUCUGGUUUUUGGUUGUCAAUUCUUCUGUGGGACCUGUAGUUGAGGUGGUAUGUAUUUUCCUGCCCCUUCUCCCUUUAAUUAUAUUCUGUGUUCUGUGACUUUGUGUCAGAGCCAUGCAGCAACUGUUCUUACCACAGCCACACAAUAUGGAUUGCAGACAAAAACCUGCCAGAUUUCACAAAGCCUUGAUGCUGUGUUUGGACUCCUGAAGAAAUGGAGAAGGGCUGUACAUUGGAGGAAAUCAAACAAAAACCAAACAGGAAACCAAAACCCCCAAAGUCUUCCUGAGCUUUGAUAAUAAGAUUUUCCAUGGUGCCAGGACUGAUUUCCUGGGCUAAGAAAAUGAAGAUCUCUUUGGAGCAUUUCUGAGCUCCCAGGAAUUCUCAGGUUAUCACCAGUGUUUACAGUGUUCAGCACAGCCUUCUUUGAUGGGCAGAGGGUGAAUGAACAGAUGGGAAAGGCUCAGUAACCUAUUAGUGUCACCCUCUGGAAACAAGGAGCUAAAAGGACCACCUUUUACGUGGCAAAACUAAGGAAAAGGUCACACUGUGAUUAAAUGGCAUCAGAAAUCACCUAUGCUGAGGUGAAGUUCAAAAAUGAAUCACCGGCUCCAGUGGUCAAAGUACCUCCGGAGACAAAGAAGCCUGAGCACCAUCCCCAGAAAUACCCACUCUGGCUGCCAUGGUCGAUCUCACUCCUGCUCUUCUUGGUGUGCUUUGCCCUUGUUGUCAUCCUUCUUGUGGUUCCCUUCUGCCACAGCACUGACCAGCCCACAGCCCUGCAGCAGCAGUUCUCGGAGUGGAAGUGCGACUCGGCGGUGCCACAAGGCACAGCACGAGGUUGGACGUGCUGCCCAAAUGGCUGGAGAAGGUUCCAAAGAAGCUGCUAUUUCCUGUCCCUUGACACAAUGAACUGGGCUGAGAGUGAGCAGAACUGCACUGGGAUGGGCUCCCAGCUGGUGGUAAUCAACAGCAAGGAAGAGCAGGUUUUCCUCUCCAUGCAAAUAAAACAACCUCCUAGAAGAGAGAAUUUCUACAUCGGUCUGUUUGAGGAGAAGGUGGGCAAGUGGAAGUGGGUGGACAAGACUCCAUAUAAUGAGAGCGCAGCGUUCUGGCGAGAAAAAGAACCAAGUGAUACCCUUGAUGAGAACUGCACGGUAAUGCAUGUGCUUGAAAAAUCUCUCAACAACUGGAAUGACGUCAGAUCAGAUUUGAUGCAUCAUCGAAUUUGUGAAGCUGCAGCAGUAACUCUGUGAUGGAAGUACCCCUGUCCUUAGUAAAGCUGGGAGCUGAGCAGUGAGCUGGGAACAGCGCUGGCUGUGUGGGGAGGGGUGGGGAGCCCUGAUACAUCUUCACUGUGUGGGGUGGGACCAUGGGUGUGAAAGUGCAAUGAGCUUUGUCCAGCAUCCCCCGUGCAUGGGGUGGCUCAGGAAACACAGGAAGGCUCAGGCUCACUGAAGCUGGUGCUGUGUUCUUGUGUCCUCUCUGAGUGGGUCCAGCAGCCUCUGGCUGAAAAGAGAUGGACUUCUCCAGGAGGAAGACACAGGAAUGGAAGACACAUAUCCAGAGAUUCAAUGUCCUUUGUGUCCUUGAGCAGAGCUGUUUGCUUUUUGUUGAGUCACACACAAAAUGUCCUCUAGCUGUACUGGUUUUGCUGAACAAAUUCAGAAAUCUUAGACAAGAGAAAAUAC